AUGGUUCAACCCUCUCUGAAUUUGCAACUAUUGAAAAAACCCGUAGGACCUGUAACCAGAUUCAGAAUUUUAGGUUUCUUUUUCAGACACAAUAGUACAAUGAAUAACAUAAAACUAUCUUCAACUAAAAUGGGAAAGAAAGAGAAAAAUAUAAAUUCGAAAAGAUUCAAAGAAGAUUUUGUUCAGCCCAAUAUUAAGAGAACCUUUCUGAAUCAUGAAUCUUUCCCCCAACAUAACACGGAUAAAUUCAAGAAUUUGGACGAAUAUAUCAAUGAUGGUGAUGAAAACACAAGGAAACCAGCAACCACCACCUCUGGAAAACUUUCUGAUUACUUGAUUGAAGAUGCAAGAUCACACCCGUCUUCUGAUUUUGAAAGCAUCAACGAACAGUUAAAAUACGAGUUGGAUAGGUGUUUCAAUUCAUUACCUCCAAACCACCGUGUACCUACUCUAUCAAAGAACCCUGCUAAAACAACAACCAAGAAAAAAAGUUCAGAUGCUACUUCAGGUAAUCCUUACUUAUCUGCAGAAGAAGCCAUCAAGUUUGUUAACGAAAGGAAGUUCAACUUAGUGUCGAUUGAUAAUGAAUUCUUUGAGCGCUCACCUUCAAAAGUUACUGAAAUUGGAGUGUCAAUUUACAAUCCAAAAUACCAACAGUUUGCCUUAUUCCCACACUUCUUGCAUUUCCACUUUAUAGUGAAAGAAUUUAUCAACCUCAGAAACGGGGUCUAUGUUCCAGAUUCCAAAAUGAGUAACAUCACAGGACAGUCAAUUAUUAUCUCAUUGAAGGAUGUUCCAUAUGCAAUGUCAACUAUUUUCGACUUUUUAGGUCCUGAAACUUUCAUUGUAGGCCAUAAUGUCUCAGGUGAUGUGAAAAGUUUCCAGUACCUCAAUUAUAAAAUUCCUGUUACAAUUCCAAUUAUCGACACAACAACUUUAUGGUAUAGCUUGAUUGGUUCGAAAAAUGCCAAAUCAUCAUUACACUAUAUUCUAGACAAGCUUAAUGUACCGCAUGCCUACCUUCAUAAUGGCGCAAAUGAUGCUUACUAUACAUUAAUUGUUUGUCUGAUGCUAACAUCACCUGAGCUGAGGAAUAACAUGAUAUUCCACAAAAAGAAGCCAAAAACGUCCGAAGAAGAAACAUGCGAAAAUAGUGAAAAGGUCGAAGAUCCGGUUUUGAAACCACAAAUGCCUGAUUUUUCAGAGUUUUCUCCAGAAGUUGCAAAAACCAAAAUGGACAGGUGGUUGAGAAAGCAAACCAAAGCUACCGAAAAGGCGAAAAAGAAGAAGCUCCAAGCUAGAGUUGAUACUGAUGUGAGUUCACAAAAAAUUAGAUGUGCUAUUGAUGAUGAUUCCAUUUUGAGAAAACAUAAAGGACCAAAUAUCAGGGGUCAAAAUAAACCACUAAAUCCACCUGCAAACGUUUUUUUCAAGCCCAGAAAUUUUGAAAAGGACAUUUUAAUAGACAAACUGGAAGAAUUAAACGUUUGA